AUGACUAUCAAACACAGCCGCCAGGAUUUUGAAGCUGCCUUUCCCUCUCUGAUCCAGCAUAUCCUCACACAAACGAAGCAAUAUGACGUCCCCGACUCGAUGAUAAAAUGGUUUGAGAAGUCUUUAAUUUACAAUACCGCCAAUGGAAAGCUAAACCGCGGUCUCUCGGUCGUUGAUACAGGUGCCAUCCUGCUCAAUCGAACUCUGAAUGACUUGGAGCUCCACGAUCUGAGCAUCCUUGGAUGGAUGGUUGAGCUUCUCCAAGCCCAUUUCCUCGUCCACGACGACAUAAUGGAUAACUCGAGCACUCGGCGCGGCCAACCCUGUUGGUACAAGCAGCCAAAAGUUGGGCUUAUAGCCAUCAACGACGGCACUAUGCUGCAUUCUAGCAUCUUCAUGCUCCUCAAGGCCAGGUUCCGUUCGCACCCGGCGUAUAUCCAAAUGGUUGAGCUCUUCCACGAAACUACGUUUCAGACUCUAUUAGGGCAGCUUUGUGAUCUCACCACGGCGCCCGAGGAGACGGUCGACUUGGAGAAGUUCUCUAUGGAGCGAUAUCUCUGCAUAGUGAAGCAUAAGACGGCGUAUUAUAGUUUUUAUCUCCCCGUGGCAUUAGCACUGCAUUAUCUGCAGCGUGCGACAGCCGAGAAUUUGCGCCAGGCACAGGGGAUAUUGUUCCGCAUGGGCGAGUAUUAUCAGAUUCAGGAUGACUAUCUCGAUGUGUUUGGGGAUCCUGAUGUGACGGGGAAGGUGGGAACAGAUAUCCAAGAUAAUAAGUGUUCGUGGGUGAUCAAUGAAGCGCUCAGUCGGUGUUCUGAAUCUCAACGUCGAAUCCUGGAUAAAUGCUAUGGUCGGAAGGAUGGCAUCGCAGAGAUGAAAGUCAAAUCUGUGUUCGAUGAGCUCACACUCGACCAAGCAUACCGGCAACUCGAGCAGGAAUACGUGAAGGAGUUGCGGAGGAUGAUUGAGGCAGUUGAUGAAUCAGAGGGGUUGGACAAGAGGAUAUUCAAGGUGUUUUUAUCGAAGAUCUGCAAACGCGAUAGAUAG